UCUGCUGUGGGGCCGGGGGCAGGGAUGGCCCAGCUGUCCGUCAAAGAGCACCUGGAGGGGAUCCUCUCCGACUUCGAAGGAAGCCGAAGCCACAACGCAGGAAGUGCAGCAUCGGUUUCGCCAGCACCCACUCUGGCCCGAGCGGCAGACGCACGAGAAGCGGACGGAGCAGCCCCGGAGCAGCCCAGGGCUGGGGAGACGGCCCUGCUGAGCCUAGGAGGGCGGAGCCAGGAGCCCGGGUGGAUCAGCAUGGAGGGGCAGCCGGGACAGCCGGCGCCCGAGGAGACGCCCCGCGGCGCUAACCCAGCCAGUGGGGGGCUGGAGCUCUUUGGCUACGUGGGCAUCGAGGCCGUGCUGGAUCAGAUGAGGAUCAAGACCAUGAAAACAGGCUUCGAAUUCAACCUCAUGGUUGUAGGGCAGAGCGGCCUGGGCAAGUCGACGAUGGUGAACACCCUCUUCAAGUCGAAGGUGAGCCGGAAACCCGCGGGCCCCGGCUACGAGGAGCGCAUCCCAAAGACGGUGCAGCUGCAGACCGGCUCCCACGUUAUCGAAGAGAAGGGCGUGAGGAUGAAGCUGACGGUGACGGACACGCCGGGCUUCGGUGACCAGAUCAACAAUGAGAACUGCUGGGACCCCAUCAUCAAGUACAUCAGCGAGCAGUAUGAGAAGUACCUGCGAGAGGAAAUCCUCAUCAGCCGCCAGCGCAAGAUCCCGGACACCAGGGUCCACGGCUGCGUGUACUUCGUGCCACCCACGGGCCACUGGCUGCGUCCCUUGGACCUGGAGUUCAUGCAGCGGCUGAGUAAGAUCGUCAACGUGGUGCCAGUGAUCGCCAAGGCCGACACCCUGACCCUGGAGGAACGGGCCGAGUUCAAGCAAAGGAUCCAGAAAGACUUGAAGGCUCACGGCAUCAGGGGCUGCCCCGCCGGCCCCUGUGUUCACAUCCCCUGCCCGUGCACACUCGGCGAGCGCUCCCUUUCAUGA